AUAUUUUAUGCAUUAAUAUCCAAAAGACUCUAAUUUAUUAAACCUAAACAAUAACAACACAGAAUUUGUUUUUAAAUCUAAAGACAAAAAUGAACCCUUUGUAUUUCAAUACAUUAUUAAUAGAAUUAUACUGCUAGAUGCUAUGCCACAAAUUAACUAUUUACAGCUUAAGCUAAAUUUUAAUAUAUAACUCCAAAAUUCAGAUUCAUCAACACUUUUGCUAAUGAUUCAACGUAUAAUAUAUUAACUAGUUACAAAAUUGAUGAAACCAUUAAAUUAUUUUUUAAAUCUCCUAAUAUUGUUGAUACACUACAAUUAUUUAAUGCAGGAUUCAAAUUAACACUUGAAAAAUAGUAUUAAUUUUAUUGUUAAUACAAUUAAUUCCAAAAGUCAUCUGAAUUUAAUUUCUUUGCAAGAAAAAAAUACUUAUGGGAAGAUUGGAAAAUGAAAACAAUCCUUGAAAUGUGUUUCAAAAAUAAAUAAUUACAAUUUUCAUAAUUCUGUUAAUAUGCUGAAAAAUCAGAUAGAAAAAUUAAAUUUACUUAGUAAUCAAAUAUCUCAUUAAUCUCUUAGUUCAUAAAAUGAGUCAAGUAUGAUGAUCUAAUCGCCUUUUAAAGAGAAUACAUAAUUAGCAUUCAAAAUUAACAGAAGUUAUAAACUAAACUAAUACAUAACCUCCUUAAAUUUUGGAUUAAAACAUAAGGUUGAUGAGAAUAUGUUUCUAAUUACUAAGGUAUAAAUUUAUUACUUAAAUAAGUUUAAUUAAAAUGGAUUCGGAAUCAUUGGAAUUACAGGAAUGUAUAAAAGAAUUAAAUAUUAAGUUUCAAAUAAAGUAAAUAUAUUUACAUUAUGUUAAAUUAGUUGUAAUUUUCAUAAAAUAAAGAUUAAGCGUUCCCUUUACAAUUUAAAUUUGAAAUAUAAACUUGA